AUGAUGGAACCCAACGCCGAAAUCGUUGCAGUUUUCGGACCUCCGCCUGAGGGGUCGGAUGUAGCUGAGAGUAGCGUCACGCAGAACAAUGCUGCAGUCAUCGUCCUCGCGGUUCUGGCAUCCGCUGCCGUAGCGUUGCGAUUAUGGGCGAGACUUCUUCAAGGGCAUAGCAUGAAGGCAGACGACUGGACCAUCAUCGUUUCUCUGCUACUCGUGGGUGCUACAGUCGGGUUGAGCAUCGUCGGUGGCGUUCGAGGCGCGGGAAACCACAUCUGGUCCUGUACGCUUCCAGACCUGACAAACAUCUUUCAAGUCCUCUACGCCUACACUUUCGUGUACGGAACCGCAUGCGCGGCGACUAAAAUAUCCAUCCUGCUCUUCUACCAGCGCGUCUUCGUAUCGAGAAUUCCUUCAUUCAGGGUUCCCUUGAUCAUCGGCUACUUUCUCUCCAUCUCCUACCCAAUCGUCAUCUGGGUCACGAUGGGAAACGCGUGCAAGCCUCUCCACUUCUACUGGAACCAAUUCGUCGGAGCGACUGGGACGUGCAUCGACAUCAACACCUUCUAUCUCGCCCUCGGCAUCAUCAACAUGCUCAACGACAUCAUCGUCCUCCUCAUACCAAUACCUCAGAUCCUCAAGCUUCAGAUGUCCGGGAGGAAAAAGUUGGCCGUCUGCAGCAUCAUGCUGCUGGGUAGUUUUGUCUGCGUCGCCAGCAUCAUACGAAUCUGGUAUCUCGACAAGUUCUCCAAGGCAGUCGACAUCACCUGGAUGAUGGGCCCCGUCUUCAUCUGGUCCGCGAUCGAGCCCUCCGUCGCCAUCGUCUCGGCCUGUCUUCCGCACUUGGCGCCUCUUCGAAGGCUCGUAGGGAACAAAAUCUCGUCCACGCAACGCAGCAACGGACAGUCCGGCCCGUCGUCAGCUAGCACGCCCUGGAGGUCGGGGAAGAGUGGAACUGGAGGUGGUUCUCAGAAAGGUGCUGGUGCAUUAUUCACGUACGGGGGAUCGAGGUUCCCCUUUGGCAACAAUGGAGAUGGCAUGGUUAAGCUCGAUGAAGAGGGGGAUGAGAUUGGCCUCACUAAUAGGGUCGCUACGAAGGGUAGUGUUGGAAAGAGUAUGUCUGCGGCGUCGGGCUCGGAUGAGAACAUCAACAGCCGCUGGGGACUGUCUCUGAUUAAGCGCAAGAUCGAAGACGACGAGGAGACUACGCAGAGCAAGCGACACCACCUCGAGGUCAAGCCCGGGCUAGAUCAACUUCAAAAUGAGAGGGGAUUGAAUUCAUUUGUCAAAUCGACAGCUUGGGGCAUCAGAGCGGACGCCGCAUACCAACACGGGUCCACCUACAACGGCGCAGUCACUGCACAAGCUGGUUCGAGUCUUCAUCUGGGCAAUAACAUCACCAUCUACAACGGAGAUGUACAAACUCGUACGACUACAGCUGAUGAGGGUGGCGGUCAGGAUAAGAUUAAACGGAUUUUGAAAGAUUGGUCCCAACGGCUUCAAUUCAAUUACGUUCAACGUCGACGGGAUCAACUUGAAGCCACCGUGGUCGCCUCGGGAACCUGCCAGUGGCUAUUCAAGACGGAGGAGUUCACCUCUUGGGAAACCGAAGCAGUCACGGACGGUCACGUACCAGUUCUGGUGCUCAAAGGAAAAGCAGGGUCCGGAAAGUCGGUUCUCUUGAACGCGGCCCUUCGGCGAUCCGAAUCGCUGUCAUGCGAUCCCUCCCAGGACCAAAUUACCCUCGGGUUCUUCUUCAACGCACGCGACAGCCUGCCGUUGGAACACUCGAGGCAGGGACUCUAUCGCAGCCUGUUGUCUCAAUUGUUACACAAAACACCACCGGCUGGCGAUAUCUGCGAGCUUCUCGAGACACUACAGCCGGUUGAUGACGAAUGGGACGUCUUCACUCUCCAACGCACGAUAUGCAAGGUUCUGCGCCUCAUACAAGGGCAGAGAGUUUUCCUCUUCAUCGACGCACUUGACGAGUGCCUAAACGACGAUGAGGAUGAAGACAGUAUUUCCCACAUGCUGGAUGUCCUCGAAUUCAUCAAAAGUCUUUCUGAGACAGGUGCCGAUGUUCGGAUCAUCGACGUAAUGCAGUACAACCAGCCAGACAUCGAACGGUAUCUCAAGGAGGAGCUGGACAAGAUAGUCAUCUCGCCGGAAACGCGCAAGAAGUUACUGUCCGCCAUCUCUGACCGAGCGUCGAACAUGUUUCUGUGGGUGAGGCUGGUCAUCAGCAGAAUCAAGCAGAGGACUCUCAGGGAGUCAUACGAAAACGAUACAGAGAUGCUGGAUGAAGUCAAGAAUACCCCGAAAAAGCUCAAGGACCUCUACAAGACACUCCUCGAGAACGUGGACCUCGACAAACGCCAAGACGCUCUCACGCUGCUCCAACUCAUUCAGGCCGCCGUGAGGCCCCUGACUCUCGACGAGGUGCGGUCAGCCAUUGGCAAAAGUACAGGGUCCUCCGGGGACGUGCAAGAGCUGUCAGACGCUAUGAGAGAUUUGAAGAUGGCGGAGGAGGGCUACCGCUUACACAUUCUCUCCGGAGGCCUUGUCGAGGUCUCUUAUGUGUCCCCGGGUCUUCCCCGCGUCGACGAAACAUCACCUGUUGUGCAGUUCAUCCACAAGUCCGUCAGGGACUUUCUGGAAAAGGGGGAACUGAAAGCUCUGGACCGUAAGCUGACAACUGAGCCCGAAGCUCACUUCCACCUCUGCGCGGCCAAGCUCUGUAUGGCCGUGAUCGACAGAUCGAAGGACAGCGGCCACGAGCCAUCUUUCCUACCGUACGCCAGCCAGUACUGGAUGUUACACGCCCGCAGGGGAGAUAAGGUCACGGACAACGAAAUUGAGCUCCCCGACAUCUUUGCCUUUUGCUCCAACCGCACCGAGGUCAUCUUUGAGCUAUUGAACAAAUACAAGAGCGCCCGCUUUCAUACCAACGUGGACGAUAUCCCGAACCCCCGCGCCAUUACAUGCAAGCUCAACCGAGGCAACUGCGACGCAAGCCCGGACCCCGAGGCGUGUCGGGAGAGUCUCCUCGUCUUGCUGGCUCACGAGGGAUGCGCAAAGCUACUCGCUCAGCACGCGCGGGAGUGUCAGCGGAGCAGCAGAUGCUGGGGGCAUCCUCAUAUCCUCGACAGGGCCUUCUUCUUCGCGGUGCACCGCGGCUACGUGGACGCGGCGAGAGCGGUCUGGGAUCUUUCGAGGGAGGUAGGGGUGACCAUUGAAGUCGACAAGGUCAGACUGAAGCGCCUCACGCCGCUGUUCGCUGCUUGCUUCAAGGGGAAGCGCGAGGUUGCCGAGUUUCUCCUCGAGAUCGGCGCGGAUGCGAUGGCAGAGGCGAGGAUGAGUCCCUGGCUUCCGCUUCACGCCGCCGUCGCUCAAGGAUAUACGGAUGUCGUGCAGCUUCUGCUACGGCAUCCAGGGCACGACGCCAAGGAAAUGCUGGCUCAGAAGAACAGUUCAGGCAUGACGGUUCUUCACCACGCGGCGAAGGCAGGACAUGUUGCACUCCUCGUGACGCUUCUCAAAGAAUUGAGGAGGCACAGGCUUGGGCAUCUGGUGCGCGAGGAUUCGAAUGAGGGAACAGCCCUUGACAUCGCAGAGGCCAUGGUGCAGAAGUUGAAGGCAACGCCCGGGGCAUCGUCAGCAUCACGACUGGAGGGGUUCUUACAGGUCCAAAAUAAGCUGGAUGAGUUUGCGAGCGCAAUUGAAUGA